CCGAUUGCCGAUGGCCCGAUGGAUUGUCUGAUGGCUGACAACUGAGUUUUAAGCCAUGAAAUGCUUUGUGAGAAGCCCACUUCAACUUCACCAUAUGUGGAGACAGCAAUGGUCCAGGCCACUCUCCACACAUUCUGCUCUGCUUCAGGAAGUGAGGACGAGGUUCGCUCCCAGUCCUACAGGUGAGCUGCACCUGGGCAGUCUGCGCUCAGCACUCUACAACUACCUGUUUGCACGUUCCCAAGGUGGCAAGUUUCUGCUGAGGAUUGAGGAUACAGACCAGACACGCACAGUGCCUGGUGCUGUGGAUCGGCUUCUACACACCCUGGAUACGAUGGGUCUGCAGCCGGACGAGGGGCCGGGCGUGGGAGGUCCGUACGGCCCGUACACCCAGUCGGAGCGUACCGCUCUGUACCGGGAGAACGUGCAGCGCCUGUUGGACAGUGGCGCCGCCUACCGGUGCUACUGCACGCGCCAGAGGCUACAGCUACUGCGGCGUCAGGCGCUCGGCCGCGGCGAGAAACCGCGCUACGAUAACCGCUGCCGCCACCUGUCCGAGGAGAAACGAAACAUGCUGGAGGAGCGAGGCGUGUCGCAUGUCGUCAGGUUGAAGUUGGAGAACACGGACACACCUUUCACCGACCUGGUGUACGGCGAGGUGACGUUCGACGUAGCUGCCCAGGAGGGUGACCCGGUGCUGAUGAAGGCGGAUCACUUCCCCACCUACCACCUGGCUAACGUGGUGGACGACCACCUGAUGCGCAUCACUCACGUCCUGCGCGGGGUGGAGUGGCAGGUCUCGACGCCCAAACAUAUCGCUCUCUACCGGGCGUUAGGCUGGGAUCCACCCCAGUUCGCUCACCUUCCCCUGGUCACCAACCCGGACGGAACGAAGCUGAGUAAGCGGCACGGGGACGCCUCGGUCGAGUCGCACCUACAGCGGGGAGUGCUACCCGAGGCGCUGCUCAACUACGUAUGCCUGGCUGGUGGAGGAUUCAGGGAGCUCGACCAAACGGCGCUGACGAGCGCCAGGGAGCUGACAGAAAAGUUUGAGCUGAGCCGGGUCAACACGUCCUCGUGUCGGUUGGACCCUGAGCGACUGCGGCGACUGAACCUGCUGGCUCUGAGGCGUCGGCACCAGGACAGCCAGCACCGGGAGAAGAUGUGUGACCGGGUGCGGCAGCUGGUCAACGAGCGGUUCGCAGAGAGCAGCGGACCACCACUAGCGCCUCACGUGCUUACCGACGCCUACAUAGACCGUGUGCUGAGGUGGUCGCUGGACAACGCACGGAUCGAGUACCUGUCGGAUCUUGUGUCGCGGGACUUCAGCUACCUGUGGGCGGUGCCGGAGCGACUGAGGGACGACCAGAUGCCCGUGGAGGACCCAGCGGGCACGCUGUCAGUUCUGCUCGACCGCUUGUCCGGCCGGCCGGAGGAUUCACUGACCAAGGACGAGCUGGUGCCCCUGUUCCGCGCCGUGGCCGGCGAGAGAAGAAUCAAGUUCAGCGCGCUGAUGAAGCUGCUUCGAUUGGCGCUCAGUGGAGUGGAGGAGGGACCCGGCGUCGCAGAAAUGAUCGCUGUUCUCGGCAAGGAGGAAGCCCUCCAGAGGAUCUCAACUUCGAUCGCUCACGCGCCCAGCGAGCAUGCUGCGCAAAGCUGACGGCAAGACCACUUCUGUUUAAAUGAUUGAGAGACUGCCGGGACGUAUAAUGUUCGUAUUUGAGGCCCCCGACGCCCUGGGGGCCGGAGCCACGCUGUUACGUGCUGAUUAAUGUAAGGAUGUGAUAACGGUAAAUAAACCGAGUGGCUGAGCCCGCGGAUGUUAUCGAUACUCUGCCGGCGAUGAGCCCGGGCGGCGCGCUCAAUGUUUGGCCGGGGCGUAUCUCAUCGGCCCGGCUGGGUUCGCCUGUGAAAGAUGUAUUUGGUUAUGGCCGGUGGGCUGAUCGAGUGAUGUCUCAUUCAAGAGCUGUCCGUAGAUCAGCGGUCUGCAUUGGUGCGCGGUAUUGCGAGAAAUACUCUAGCCCUAAAAUAGUUUUCCGAUUGGUUAUUUGAUUGACACUAUGAAAGACACGGUACCCCGGU